GAGAAUAUCAUCUCAUUUUUAUAAAUUCUUUCUAAUCUAUAGAAAUUGUUUUUAAAACAAAAUUAAAUUAGCUAGCAGAAAUGGUGAUUAAACGCUGAUUAGUCGUCGUUUCUUCUGCUGCUUCUUCACCUCCAAUAAAUUCUGUAGUUCUCUUCCUCGUUCUUUUCGAGAUUAUCUGACCAAAGCGAUCUAUACAUACAUAUAUAUAUAUGGAUUAAAUAUAGUAUCAAAUUGUGGAUCUUUGGGAAACAUAAGCUUCAAUUAAAACACAUGACAGCCUUUUUCUGCUUCUGGGUCGCUUUAUCUUUAAGUUUUCCCGCUCUGUGUUCAUAAAUCAGGAGUUAGAGUGGCGAGAAAGCAAUAGUUGAAGAGAGAGAGAGAGACAGAGAGAUAGAGAGAGAGAGAAGCGAUGAACACUAGUGUUCGAGCUGCCCUUUCCUCCAUGAAAGCUCCUUCAAAGCAUGACACCAAUCAAGAGGAGAAGAAAAAGAUGGAGUCUUUAGGCAAUGGAGUUGUUGCUAAUUCAGGAAAAUCUCUGGUUAAUCGUCGCCGAGCUAACAGAGAAAAGAAAAUGGAUUUGCUACAAGAUGUUGAUAAGCUAAAGAGGAAGCUGAGACAGGAGGAGAAUGUGCAUAGAGCAUUGGAGAGAGCUUUCACUAGACCUUUAGGAGCUUUACCUCGUCUUCCAUCUUACCUCCCUCGAUAUACAUUGGAGCUUCUUGCUGAAGUAGCUGUUCUUGAAGAGGAAGUGGUUCGGUUAGAAGAGCAAGUUGUAAGUUUUAGACAAGGUUUAUACCAAGAAGCUGUUUACAUAUCUUCCAAGAAGAAUCUGGAGAGUCCUAAUAACAACAGUCUAAAAGAGAAUUCUCCCGUUAGAAGCAGUAAACACCAGCGAUCGAAAUCCAUGUCGCAACACGAGUUCAAUUCUAUGAUCACUCCCCCUAAAAAGCAUCAACAGUCUCUUAGUCUAAGCAGAAGCAUCUCAAGUAGGAAACUAUUCUCCUCUGAUCAAACAGUUAAUGAUCGAAGUGGUCAGAGAUUGGUAAAUGGCAAACAAGCCUCGCCUAAACCGAAUCUGAGCAGUGUUGCUAAGCCAGUGGAUGUGAGGGGGAAAGAGAAUCAGACCUCUAGUAAUGGUUUAAAAGACAAGAAGGAUAAAGAAUCACCUGAGAAGAGGCUUGGCAGAUUCUUGACAUCUGUGAAGAAGAAGAAACCUUUGAAUAAACCGGAGGCAGCAGCCGAUAAAUGCGUAGAAUCAAUUAAACUGCCGCUAGAUGAUAGAUUAGCAGAUCAGGACAAAGCACAAGAGAGUGUCUCGGGAUCAUCUUCGGAAGACAAAUCGCUGCAAAGUGGAAAUGCAGCAAACAGAGUUUCAGAGGAUUUACUGAAAUGCCUAGUGAGUAUUAUCUUGAGGAUUAGUUCGUCGAAGGACAUUGUGUUGGAUCCAUAUAGUAACUGUUCAGAAUGGAGAACAAGAGAAGUUGGUGCAUACAAGAAUCUUUGCUCAGUUGAUGCAUCUUCAAUUGAUCUUGGAAGAAAAAUCAAUGCUUCAUUUCUGAUCCAUCGUCUCAAGUUCCUGCUUAAUAAGCUUUCCGUUGUAAAUCUAGAUGGUCUUAGUCACCAGCAGAAGCUAGCAUUCUGGAUCAAUACUUAUAAUUCCUGCGUAAUGAAUGCAUUCUUGGAGCACGGAAUCCCGGGGACCCCUGAAAUGGUUGUAGCCCUGAUGCAGAAGGCAACAAUAAUUGUAGGAGGACACUCGCUAAACGCAAUCACAAUCGAACAUUUCAUCUUGAGACUUCCAUACCACUUGAAAUUCACUUGUCCCAAAACUGCAACACAUGAAGAGAUGAGAGCUCAUAGCACAUUUGGAUUGGAAUGGUCAGAGCCAUUGGUCACUUUCGCUCUCGCUUGUGGAAGCUGGUCCUCUCCCGCUGUAAGGGUUUACACAGCAGCUAAUGUAGAGGAAGAGCUAGAAGCUGCAAAGAGAGAUUAUCUUCAAGCAUCUGUUGGGAUCUCAAAGAAGAACAAAUUAAUGCUUCCAAAGGUACUAGAUUGGUAUUUACUGGACUUUGCGAAGGAUUUGGAAUCGUUGCUCGAUUGGGUUUGCCUUCAGUUGCCUGAUAAACUGAGAGAAGAAGCGGGUAUGUGCAUGGAGAGAAAGAACAAAGAAUCACUUAUGGAGUUGGUUCAAGUAGUACCAUAUGACUUCAGUUUCAGGUUGCUUUUGCAUCAAUGAAAAAAAGGUUUCUUGAUUUGUGAUGAAAGAAAAUGUGAAACAUUGUAUAGAUUUGGGGAGGGUAAAGUAGAGCAUGGUUUUUUUGGGUUGUCUGAGUAUAUAGGAUAUGUUUGUGUUCUUUACUAUAAACCAUAAAGUGAUGCAAUUUAUUCAAUUGAUUUUAUCUGUAAUGCUAUAUAUGUACACCAUUUUUUUAUUUCC